UGUUGUCAACCGGAGCAAUGGCAGCCGCUAGAUUAUUGCGCACGUUGAAGCCCAUGACUUUUCAUUCAUCCUCUUUUUCUCCAUCUUCUCCGUCAUCAACAGCACUGAAGUGUUCGAGCAUGGCCGGAAGAUUAAACGGGGGGAAGAAACUUACUAGGACUGAUAAUGAUAGUCAUCAGAGGAAGAAAAAGCAUACAGUGGCUGUGAAGGUGUCGAAAACCACAUUGACGGAGCCACAAGUUGAGAAUCAGGGUGGACUCCUCGUAGAUUUGGCUUCCCUGGUCGGAAAGGUCAACCGUGCUUUGCCCAUUCUACUGAGAACGGCUCUCAAACCAAGGUCUUUGAGACAGCAAGUUCAGAUGUUCAUUGAAAGGGGGAUAAUAGAUUGCCGAUUCUUUACGUUACUUGCAGUUGCGGGAUCUUUACUCGGUUCAGUACUAUGCUUUGUAGAGGGUUGCUUUAUUGUUCUCGAGUCAUAUUUCCAGUAUUUCCAUGCCUUGUCACACAAGACGGAUCAAGGCCAUAUGGUGCAUCUUCUUAUUGAAGCCAUUGAUAUGUUCUUGGUAGGCACCGCCAUGCUUAUUUUUGCAGUUGGGUUGUAUGCCAUGUUCGUGGGGUCAAAGGCCGCGAAAGGAAAGGGACCGCAGUUUUCCGACUCAAAUUUGUUUGGUCUCUUCUACAUGAAGGCACCUCCAGCAUGGGUUAACAUGGAAUCAGUUUCGCAAGCGAAAUCGAAAAUAGGUCAUGCAGUGGUGAUGAUACUGCAAGUGGGACUGCUGGACAAGUUCAGGAGCAUACCUCUCGUGACGCCGCUCGAUCUUGCUUGCUUUGCUGGAUCUGUGCUUCUUUCCUCUGCUGGUAUCUUCCUUCUCUCCAGACUCUCUACCACUAAGAGAUCUGCAGAUACUGACCGUGAUGGAGUCAGAAUUUUAGCUCAAGAGAAACCAAAAGUUUCACCCUAGAACGCUCUUCUAAUCUAAGAAAAAUAAAGAUUUGCCAUG